GUUUCUUUCAGAAGUUGACCCCAUCUUACUUUCUCCAAUCCCCACCUUAAAAAAUCUUGUUUUCUUUAAAGGGCCUUCAGUAUUUCGCUCGGGAUUAUGGAUUUAGCUCAAAGUUAGAAAAAUUGAUUAUUCCACUCUAUUUAUUGCUGUGUAGAGAAGAAGAUUCCAAGGCUGUCUGUUUUAGUAUUAGUUUUUACCCAAUUUUUGAUUAUUUGGGUAGGUGCAAGUGAGAAUCAAAUAAAGAGUGGGGAGAGGGAAAAAAUACUGUUGAACUAUCUAACAAAGCAGGAAUUUAGAAGUGCUUCAAUUUUAUGGCAAUUUUCUUUGAUUAGUAGUUUGCAAUUUGAAUAAUUUCCAUAGAGAAGAGAUCAAGAAAGGAAGAAACUUGGUUCUGUAAAACAUUCUUUUGCAGUUAUCAGAUCUUGGUCUCUAAGACCCUAGGUUCAUAGUUGAGAGAAUAUGGGUUCUUUUCGUGGGCAUGUUCUUCCGGGGACACUGUUUCUUUUGGUUGGGGUGUGGCACAUGUGGAGUUGUAUAGUCAGAUAUGUAUCGUAUCCUAAAUCUUUUCAGGUCAGGGUGUGGAACCCUGUUCCUGGUUUUGAUGGACGGCUUAAGUACUUGGAGCUUUAUCUCAUAACAGUUGGAGGUUUCAUAGAUUUGUGUAUUGAGUUUCUAUAUUCGACUCAUCUCCAUAUCUUCGUCCAUGGAGUCUUGAACCCUUCUCACAUGAAUAACUUCGAGCACUCGGGGAUGCUCCUCAUGUUCUUCAUCUUCGGUGUAAUCACACUGCUUUCUGAGAAAACGAGCUUUCUUCCCUUGCCGGAGGGAGCUUUGUGUUUAAUUGCUUCCGCAGCAUUCACCGCAGAGUACCUUCUAUUCUAUUUCCACUCAACUACCCAUAAAGGCCUCGAGGGAUAUUAUCACCUUAUCCUCGUCCUCCUUAUCGGCCUCUGUAUUGUAUCAAUUAUUGCCGGAGCCCUCAUCCCAACGAGUUUCCCUGUCGAUUUAUGCAGUGGCAUUGCUAUAACACUCCAAGGCCUUUGGUUCUAUCAGACUGCAUUCACUCUUUAUGGACCAAUGAUGCCGGAUGGUUGCUCGCUCAAGGGUAACGAGAUUACAUGCCAUUCAGCAGAACAAGAAAUCCACGGAGAAUUGCUCGCUAAUGUACAGCUAUUUGGCCUAGUUCUCGGUGUUCUUGCUGCUGUUACGGGAGCGUAUAUCUACGCAGAGCCAAAAUAUGGUCGUUUGAAUCUUAACAACUCCCAGAUUCCCGAGGAUGGAUGAGAUGAGAGCGAGUUCAACGUUCCUAGCCACGUUUAUUUUUUACACUAUAGUGCAUUUUUCAUUAAUUUGUUUGGAUUUGUAUACUUGUUGUAGGUAUUUUCGAACAUUAUUCAACCCUUGCUGUCCAACCUGAAAAUAGACAAUUAAUAUGUUCCACUUAUUAAACAGGGUUCUAUGGUCGGUCUGUCCAUGACCCUUGGAUGCCAAAGGCGCCCUUGAAGUGAUCUCGUAGUUCCUACAGGGUGGAAACAAUGUGGUCAUUCCAUGGAUUUUCUUUCCUUUUCUUUUGCCACAAUCCAUUGAAAUGGUCAAUUCUGUAAUGUAUAGGGAAUUGAUAUACACAUAUAUAAAGAGAACGCCGAUUUGCAAGCUGACCUAAGAAUAGAAAUUUGUUUGAACUUGGAA